GCAACGACUGUACAUGAAACUUGCAACUCUAGUGGACAGCCCAGCACCAUGGAGAACCCUCAAGAAAGUGCGGUAUCCGGUUUAAUCGACUCACUCAGCUCACUCGGAGACGAUGACAGCCCAGAGCAGAUUAAACACUACGAGGUUUUGGUCGCCGAGGAGUUGGGACGGAUCGACAAUAAGUACCUCAAUCUGUGGGAUCGCAUCCUCAAUAGCCCAGACCCACUCGUGCUAUUUAACCAGGUUGAUAUUAGAAUGGACCUCUCAGAUCAACUGCAAUCGAAACGCUUACCCGCCUUAAAACGCCAAGUCAACUCACUUUCGAACGCACUUCUUGGCCGAGCCGAUCUUCAAGCCAAGCCUGUUUCCAAACUGAAAAUAGUGUUGAAAGUUUUGUCAAAACUCGAUGUCACCUUGGGCAAGAUCAAGUUUGCGGUAGCUUGCAUCAAUCCGGGCUUGGAUCCAGUGGACGUCAGGCAUGAUAGGGAAUUCAAAAACGUCAAACAAUUGAUAUGCUGUCGUCUGGCGCUGACAACAUACGUGGUCACCGGACUCGUUUGUGAAUUACUCCGAACCUAUCGUCGUUUCAUCGAAGAAUCCGGGCACGUCUUUGACGGGAUACCUGAGAAGAGGACCGAGUCGCUCACGAUGAGAGAUACUUGCUCGGAUGCGAUCGAUAAGGCCCUCAAUCUCAUAAAUAAAUCCGAAUUAAAUCUUAUCCAAGACGCGUGGAAGUCCGAUAUAGACUCGAUCGAUGACUCGCUCGAAAAGUUUCUGCUAUUCCUCCAUCUACAACCUCCCCUCUCCGAAGAAGAGAGUCGAUUAGUCGGCCGUGAAGUCGGCGAUCAAUCCUUAUCUACUACCACAAUAUGUGUCAUGGCAAUCAUAAAACUAUCCAGAUUGCUUUUAGCAAAGCUAGUCAAAUUAUCGAAAGAUAAAGAAAACAUCGGUAUGCUCAGCGAUCUAUCUUCACGAGAGUUCGAAAUAUUCGCGAAAAUGACGACCACGUUUUCGGAAAGUAUCGAGAAGCUUGUCUGCGCUCUGUGCGGCGAUUUCAUCGACGAUCACGUCCAGGAUGUUCUGAUCAUCCAGAAAUCGCUCUCCCAAAUUCUAAGCGCCCCUAAGAUUAUCUUAGACAUGGUUGAGUAUAUCUUUGUUCCUGUGGUCCAGCCGGCCGAUCAGCCUUCAUCUAAACUUUACUAUAAGACCCAGUUUUAUUAUUGGAACCAAGUUCACCAGUCCAUCACUCGACGCUUCACCCAAGCUCUCGGAUUCACCACUUCCUGAUCUCUAUAGCACUUCCUUCUUACCUGUUCAUUUUGUCUCAUCUUGGACGACUUCGACAAAUCUUCAAAGUUCAGCCCUGCUUUAUAAGUUCCCAGUUUUCUAACAAUGUGAAAGUUUAUAACGUCGAGAUAUCUCAUUGCAAUCUGUAUCAACAUUAGCCUUUUUCAGCAUCUCAGGGUGUUAACACCCAUACCAGUGAUAUCAGGAGUUGGUUUGUCUUAGAGUGUGAAUUUAAGAAUGUAGACCAUAUCUGGGUUUCCAAAUUUCAGCUGAAGUAGAGCUUCCAUG